AUGAAAGUUAUAAUAGUAUUAAUAAUAGUAUUAUUAAUAAAUUAUUCUGAUGAAAAUACUCCACCAUUAGGAACAUCAAGUGUAGCAUUUGUAUUUGAUGUAACUGGAUCAAUGCAUGAUGAUCUUUUACAAGUUAUUGAAGGCGCAACACAUAUAUAUAAUGCAACACUUCGACGUGAAUAUUCUAUUUAUGAUUACAUACUUAUACCAUUUGCUGAUCCAGAUGUUGGUCCUGUAUUAAAAACGCGUGAUUCAAAUCGAUUUCAACGUGGUUUACAAGAUUUAAUUGUCCAAGGUGGUGGUGAUUGUCCAGAAAUGACAAUAACGGCAAUUAAAUUAGCACUUGAACAAUCAUUACCAAAUUCAUUUAUUUAUGUUUUUACUGAUGCUCGUUCAAAAGAUUAUAUAUUAGGUGAUAUUGUUCUAAAACUAAUUCAAGAAAAACAAAGUCAAGUUGUAUUCGUUAUGACAGGUGAUUGUGGUGAUCAAACUCAUAUUGGCUAUCAAAUAUUUCAUAAAAUAGCUGCAACAAGUAGUGGACAAGUAUUUACAUUACAUAAACAACAAGUCAGCGAAAUUCUUAAUUUUGUCCAAUAUACAAUUCAAACACGAAAAGUUAAUUUAUUAGUUAUUGAUAAUAUCAAACGAAAUAAACAAAAUUAUACAUUAGCAGUUGAUUCAAAACUUUUAGAAUUUACUAUAUCAGUUAGUGGUGCAAAUCCACAAGUAAUCUUAAUUGAUCCAUCAAAAAAAACAUUAAAUCCACGUGAUUGGUUUACACGUCUUUUACGUCUUAAAGAAGUUUAUAUAUUAAAUGUUAAACACCCAAUGAUUGGUCAAUGGCAAAUUCAAGUAACAUCAUCAUCUGCACAUUCAAUUCGUAUAACAGGUUUAAGUCGAUUAAUAUUUCGACAUGGAUUUUCAUCAAAUCCUGUGACGGAUUUAAUUCGAACACGUCGACAACCAAUGCAAGGUUCUUUAACUUAUUUAAUACUUGAAAUCGAUAAUAAAGAUGAUAUUCGUAAUGCUGAACAAAUUGAAUUAAUUGAUUUAUUUGGUAAUGUACUUGUCAAUGAAACAAUUCAAGAAAGUCCAUUUAUUCCAUCAUUUUAUUCAACAAUUGAAAAAUUUCAACCACCUAUUCAUAAUUCUUUCUUCUAUAUUCGAUUAACUGGUAUUGAUAGUAGUGGUCAUCGUUUUCAACGUUUGAGUUCAACAGCACUUGCAUCCUAUGUUCCAUUAAAACCAGUUGUUAAUAUUGAUAUAAAUUCUAUUAAAAUACGAUCAAAUAAUCCCGCUAAAAUUCAAUGUCAUACUCAAAGUCAACUUGCAUAUCAAGUUCAAUGGUUAAGAAAUGGACAAUUAAUAUCGACAUCGAAUUAUUCAGCUGAUAUAACUACUGUGGAAUAUUUAAUUGAUCAACCAAGAGAAAUUAAUGAUGAAGGAUCUUACAUAUGCAAUGUAACAAGUGCAAGUGGAUUUGAUAUUGGUGAAAUUAAAGUUGAUGUACUUGCUCCACCACCACUUAUUCAAAUUGUACCAUCAAAAUCAUUAUUUGCAUUAAUUAAUAGCUCGGUUUCAAUUGAUUGUCGAGUACAAAAUACUGAAAAUUAUAAUUUGAAAUGGAAACAAGAUCUAUCACCAUCGAUAUUAGUUGAAUUAUCUAAAGAUCGAACACAAAUUUAUGAAAAUGGCACUUUAGAAAUCAAAAAUAUUCAAAAAUCUGAUGAUGGAUCAGUUUUUGUAUGUAUUGUAAAUAAUGAAGGUGGUGAAACACAAGAACGUAUUAUAAUCUAUGUACAAGAAAUUCCAUAUGUUUAUGUUUAUCCUCAAACAAUAAUCUAUUCCUAUCAAUGGAAUAUUACACUGACAUGUGUUGGUAUGACUGGAAUUCCGCGUCCAUUAUUAGUAUGGAGACGACAAAAUAAUCUAAAUCCAAUUGAACAAUCAGCAAAAAUACGAAGUCAUAAUGGAAUUUUGAACAUUAUGAUGGCAACUAAAGAAGAUGAAGGUUCUUAUGAAUGUAUUGGAAGUAAUACAGCAGGUGUAGAUAUUAAAACUGCUCAACUUAUCUAUGCUGAAACACCAAUAGUAUCAACAAAUCAUUCACAUGUAUUGAUGUCACUUGGUGAUGACAUUGAUUUGAUAUGUACUGUAACAGGUGAAAUGUUUCCUGAUGUACAAUGGUAUAAAGAUGAUGAACUUGUAACUCGUUAUCGAACAAAUAUAAAUGGAUAUUUAGAAAUAAGAAACGCAUUAAUAGAAGAAGAUAGUGGUAAUUAUACAUGUUUUGUUCAAAAUACAGUUGGAUCAUCAUCUGUUUCAAUUCGUGUUGAUGUUGGAGUUAAACCAACAAUAAAUAUUUCUAAUGAACAAAUUCAAGUUGAAAUAGAUGAACAAAUUCAACUUAUUUGUGAAGUAUAUGGUUCACCUAAACCUCAAAUAAUUUGGUAUUAUAAUCAUACAGAACAUCUCUAUGAUAAUGAUAACAAAACAGAAAUACUUCUUAGAAACAUUCAACAAUAUCAUACUGGAAUUUAUACAUGUUUUGCUAGUAAUCUAUUUGGAAAUGCAAGUGCUAAUUUUAAUUUAAGCGUUACAAUGAUUCCACGAUUUACUUUUGAAUCUGAUAGAUACUUAAAUGGAGUUAUUUUAAAACCUUUGCUUUUAUCUUGUGAUCAUAUUGGUUUACCAAAACCAGCUGUCACAUGGUUUAAAGAUGAUCAAAUAUUAAUUUUUGAACAUGAUCGAAUGAGUAUGGAUUCAACAAGUUCAUUAAAUAUCAAUUCAUUGAAACCAACAGAUCGUGGUUCAUAUAUUUGUCAAAUUUCAAAUCAAUUCGGACAAGCAAAACAACAAUAUCAAGUUGAUGUUUAUGAACCACCCAGUUUAUUAAAUAAUUCUCAAGAAAUUGAACUUGAUGUCAAUGCAUCCAUGUCAAUUCUUCUUUCUUGUCCAGUUACUGGUUAUCCUCAACCAACUAUCGAAUGGUUUCGUCAAAAUAAUUCCAUGAAUUAUAAUCAAGAUACAAAUAUGUAUUUACAUUCAAAUGGUUCUCUGGAAAUCAGAAAAGUUGAAACAACACAUCAAGAUCAAUAUCAUUGUAUAGCAACAAAUCCAGCAGGAACAACUAUUCACUACAUACAAUUCAAUGUUAAUAUUCCACCUUGGAUUAUCGGUGGUGAAGAAGAAACUAUAGUACAAGCUUUACUCAAUAAAUCAAUAACAUUAGUAUGUCCAACAACAGGUACACCAAAACCAACUAUUCAAUGGUUUAAAAAUGAUGAACAACUUGAAACAUUUGACGAUAAUAAUCAUUAUAUAUUAACAAAUAUUAAACAAAUAGAUGAAGGUAUUUAUCGAUGUACAGCAACAAAUAAAGCUGGUAGAACACAACGAUUAUUUAAUAUAUCUGUUUAUAUGUCACCUUAUUUUGAACAUCAAACAGAAAAUAUAAGUCGUCUGCAAAUAAAAUCCGUUAUAUUAAAUCAUACAUUAAUAUUAUUAUGUCCAGCUAUUGGUUUACCUAAACCAAAAUUAUUAUGGUUUUAUAAUGGAAAUGAAAUUCAAUUGAAAAAAAAACAUAUUCUUAUUAAACAAAAUGGAAAAAAAUUAAUUAUUAAUAAAAUAAAAUCCGAAGAUGAAGGUCGAUAUAUUUGUCAAGCAACAAAUACAAUUGGAACAAUUGAUAUUAUAUAUGAUGUUAAUGUUAUGAUGCCACCAAGAUUUACAAAAGAAAAUAAUGGAAUGUUUGCUAAUAAACAAUCCUAUAAAAAUGGAGAAUAUUUACGUUUACCAUGUUCAGUUGAAGGAAAACCAAUACCUAUACGACGAUGGUUUUUUAAUGGAAAAAGUAUAGCUCAGUUACCACGUAUACGAUUUGUAUAUGAUGGUCUUUAUAUUGAAAUUGAAUAUUUAACAUUGAAUGAUGCUGGUCGUUAUACAUGUUUAGCUGAAAAUUCUGCUGGUCAUGCUGAAAAUCAUAUUGAUAUUGAUGUAUCAAUUCCUCCUGUAUUUAAUGAUUCAUUAUCACAAGUUAAAAUACAAGCAUUAAUUAAUUCAACAGUUUCAUUAGUUUGUUCAGCAUAUGGUUUUCCAAAACCUACAUAUAAUUGGUCAUUGGAAACAAAUUUACUAUUGAACACAACUGGAGACGAAGAGUUGCUUCUUGAAAAUGUUCAGAUUAAUGAUACAGGUGUAUACGAAUGUAUAGCAAUGAAUAGAGCAGGUGAAAUUCGAAAAAGAUUUAUAGUAGAAACAUAUGAAUUACCAUCAAUUAAUUUAAAUAAUGAAACAAAUCGUAUCAUUAUUCGUCGUAAUGAAAGUUUAAAUCUCGAAUGUCCAGCAAGUGGAUAUCCAAUACCUGUAACUCGAUGGUAUAAAAAUGAAAUCGAAUUAUAUGAAUUUAAUAAAGAAGUAUACAUAGCAUCUGUAGAUAGACAAGAUGCAGGACUUUAUUCAUGUAUUGUUUCAAAUAGCUUUGGAAUAGAUCGACGAUAUUUUAAUAUUAUUAUAUCAGGACCACCGGAGAUUUUACGAAGUCAUAUCAAUACUAAUCCAAGUGUCGUUCGAGAUUCUUCAAUAACACUUUCAUGUCCUUAUACAACUGAACGAUCUUCAAUGAUAACAAUAACAAAUACAACAUGGAUUCCACCUUUAUUUCAACCUGAACAUGAAUUAAUUCGUCAUUCAUUAAAAUUAAAUGAAAAUCAAUUAAUAAUUCCAAAUGUACAAAUAGAAGAUGGUCAAAUAUGGAAAUGUAUCGUUGCAAAUGAAUAUGGUUUUGAUUCACUUGAAUUUCAACUUGAAGUUCUUGUCCCACCUACAAUUUUAAAUGGAGAUACAGAAGAAUUAUUUCAAGUUGAAAGUAAUAAUACAGUUCAAUUGAUAUGUCAAACAUAUGCACAUCCAUUAGCAACUAUUGAAUGGCGUAAAAAUGGCAAUCCAAUUGAUAUAAAUCAAUAUUUUAGUAUAAAAAAUAAUUCAUCAGAAAUUCUUCAAAUUGCUGUAAAAGAUGAACAUGAUGGUGGAACAUUUACAUGUAUAGCAUCAAAUUCAAUAGGAAAAAGUGAAAGGAAUUUUUUAGUUGAUGUAUUUCUACCACCAACAUUUGAUUAUGUAUCAACAAAUCGUCAUAAAAUUCAAUUAAAUCGUACUUAUACAUUACCAUGUUUAGUUAAAGGUAUACCAAGACCAAUAAUAAAAUGGUUAAAAAAUGAAAAAAUAUUUCCUAUUGAUAAUAAACGUAUUGAAUUAUUUCGAGAUGGUCAAUAUCUUGAAAUUCGAAAUAUAAAUGAAUAUGAUGCAGGAAUGUAUACAUGUUUAGCAGAAAAUCUAGCAGGAAAAGCAAAACAAAUACUUGAAUUACAAGUUUUAAUUCCACCACGAAUUGAAAAUGAUACGACAAAUAUUGAAGCAAUUUUUAAUUCAACUGUAAAUUUAACAUGUUCAGCAUAUGGAAAUCCUAAACCUACAAUUGUUUGGUUUAAAGAAGGUCGACAUUUACAAUAUGGUAAUCAUUAUUUAUCAAUAACACUUUCGUCGAUAAAAAAUAACGAACAAAUAAUUUAUACAUGUAUUGCUUCGAAUGAAGCUGGUAAUGUUGAACAACAUUAUCGUAUUAAUCGUUUAGUUCCUCCAUCAAUUGAUUCAAUAUCAAUCACUCCUACAUCAACACCAAUAGCUGGUAAUCAUUUUACUCUAGAAUGUAAUGCUUAUGGUAUUCCUGAACCAAUAAUUUCCUGGGAAUUUAAUAAUCAUCGAUUAUCAUCAGGACAUAAUCGAUAUUAUCAAGUAAUUCAUGCAUCAUUAAAUAAUACUGGUUUAUAUACAUGUUUAGCUGAAAAUAAAAUUGGUAUUAUGAAAAAAGAUAUACAUAUUGAUGUUCUUUUACCACCAUCAAUACUUAAUAAUGGUCAAAUGAUAAAUGAAAUAACAAAGUUAAACGGUGAAUCUCUUGUUUUAACGUGUUUACUUCAUGCUCAUCCUUUACCAACGAUUAUUUGGACAAAAAAUGAUCAAAUUUUAUUUGAUUCUGAAAGAAUAUUAAUACAAGAUAAUAAUCUUAAAUUAUAUAUUGAAAAUGUAUCUUUAAUUGAUCAUGGUCGUUAUCAAUGUCAAGCAGAAAAUUUAGCUGGUCGUUCACAACAAAUAUUUGAUAUUCAGAUAUAUGUACCACCGGAAAUUCAUUCAUCAAAUAUUAACCGCAAUCCAUAUGUCAUACUGGGAAAAAGUAUUAUUUUAUCAUGUUAUGGUUUUGGUGUACCACAAAUAAAUUAUAACUGGUUAAAAGAUGAAAAAAGUCUAUUAGGAUCUCAUUCUUAUGCUAGAUUAUUAGAAAAUGGUGAAAAAUUACAAAUUGAUGCAGCACAUUUAUCUGAUGCUGGUUCAUAUACAUGUCAAAUGUCAAAUGUAGCUGGUCAAGUCAAUUUAACAUAUCAACUAGAUGUUUUUACACCACCAACGAUUGAUCGAUCGAAUUUAGUUGAAAUUUAUCAAGUGAAAUCAAAUCAAACAGCUCGUCUAGAAUGUCCUAUGUACGGAAAACCUACACCUCAUAUAAUCUGGUUAAUAAAUGGACGAAAUUUAAAAAUAAAUGAGGAUCGAUAUAAAUUAAUUGAUGAUAACCGAAUAUUAAUUAUAAAUUCUGUUAAUCAAAAUGAUAAUGCUCGUUAUACAUGUAUUGGUACAAAUAUAGCUGGAGAACUAUCAAAUCAUAUUGAAUUACAAAUAUUUGUUCCACCAAUAAUACAACGUGAACCAAAUGAAGAUAAUGUUAAUGUCAUUCAACAUCAUCAUAUUGCAUUGACUUGUACACCUCAAGGUGAUCCAUUACCUUCUAUAUCAUGGGAAAAAGAUGGUCUACCUAUUGAUACAUUUAAUUCACGAUAUAGGAUUGGUCCAGGUAGUUUACAAUUAUUAAUUAUUCAAGCCGAUCCAUCUCAAGCAGGAAUUUAUACUUGUCUGGCAUAUAGCAAAGCUGGUGAAGCAAAACAGCAAUUUCGUUUAACAGUAUUAAUUCCUCCACGAAUACAACGAGAAAAUACAUCCUAUCUCGUUAUAGCUCCAAAACCUAUUGAACUUCCCUGUCAAAUAAUACAAGGAUAUCCGACGCCUAUUGUCACAUGGUUUCAUAAUAAUAUCGAAUUAAAAACAUUUGAAAAUAAUAUUGAUUUAAAAUAUAAGAUUUCCUCAUCAAAUAGUUUACUUCUUCUUCAUACAUCAAAAUAUGAUAAUGGUAAAUAUCAAUGUAUGAUAAUAAAUGAAGCUGGACAAGAUUCUAUUGAAGUUCAUCUUGAUAUAAAUGUUCCACCAAUAGUUACAGUAGAAAGUAAUGAAAUUAUUGGUAUAGUUAAUAAACCUAUUACACUUAAUUGCCAAGCAGAUGGACAUCCAUUACCAGUUAUUUAUUGGACAAAAGCAAGUCGAUCAAUAGACACACAGCCAGGCUUUCAAAUAUUGAAUAAUGGUUCAUUAAGAAUUCAUCAUUUACAAGUUCAAGAUACAGGUUAUUAUUUAUGUUGGGCAGAAAAUCUUGUUCGACGAACUUAUGCACAAAUUCGAUUAGAAGUUCAAGUUCCACCAUCGAUUGAUCAAAUCGAAAGACAUUAUACAGGUAUUGUUGAUCAAUCAAUAAAACUAUCUUGUCAAGCUAAUGGCAUUCCAAUUCCAAUGAUAAGUUGGUUUGGAAUAUAUAAUAUAUCAGGAACAGCUAUUAUCGAUUCAUUUGGGAAUUUAUAUAUUGAUCAACUUGAAAAAAAUCAUGCAGGUGAAAUUGUUUGCUCUGCAGAAAAUACAGUUGGUAAAACCUCGAAACAAUUUACAUUAAUUGUUCUGGAUCAUCAAUUACCACCACCAACAACAACUGUUCUGUAUGAAACUAAUUCAAAUCAAAUCCCUUUUCUUAUAAUAUCACCAAAAAAUUUAAUUAUUGAUUAUGGGGAUUCUUUAGAAUUAAUUUGUCAAACAAAUUUAAUUAAUCCAUUAGAUAUUCAAUGGUUACAUAAUGGUCAUUUAAUAAAUUAUAUUCCAUAUUUAGCACAUUUCUAUGAUAGAAAUAUUCUUCGAAUUGAUAAAGCUAUUGAUGAACAUACAGGUAUCUAUCAAUGUUUCUCAAAUAAUACAUUCAAUCAACAAACUAUCAAGUCAUUACCAGUAACAGUUACUGUUCGACCUCAUCCAGAAAGUCAUAAUCGUGCAAUAACAGCUGGCCAUCGUCUUAUACUUUCAUGUGAACUUGAUAGAAAAAUGAAUGAAAAUUUUCUUGGUAUAAUCGAAUGGUUUCAUAAUGGAUCACCAUUAAAUAUGAAUACAGUAAAUCGAAAUCGAAUUGAUUAUCAAAAUGGAACAUUAACUAUUGAUCAAACAUCAGCUUCGGAUUCUGGCGUUUAUAAAUGUAUAUUCCGAAGUGAUAAUGGUACUCGUUCAGAAUCCUACCAUUCAGUCAAUAUUCUAACACAACCAACGUUUACAAUCAAAUUGCCUCGAUUGACACAACGACCUGUAAGCGGUUCAAUGCUUAUACUCAAUUGUCUUGCUGAUGCAUGGCCAGAACCGAUAUUAAAAUGGACAAAAAAUGGAAGUACUCUAAUGGGAAUUGAUGGUGUUCGAUUACAAAUAUUGCCUAAUAAUUCAUUAAAAAUCGAUCCAGUUCAACUUUCGGAUACUGGACGUUAUACAUGUUCAGCUGAAAAUGCAUUGGGUAUUGCCACAACAACAUGCGAUGUAAUUGUUUAUGAAAUUCCAUUAGCAACAUCUAUUCGACAUCUCCAGGGUGAAAUAAAAAGAAUUAAUAUUGAUAAUAUUAUACUUCAUAUAAAUUCAAUUUUAAAAAAAUCAACAUUAUUUAAAAUCUCAUCAAAAUUCUUGCCUAUAUUUCAAUCAAAUUUUCUUUUUCUUUUUCCACCUUCAUUCUUUUUUCUAACAACUAAACAAACCAAUACAAAUACAACUUCUCCAUACUGUUCUAUGGAUGAUUCAUUUCAACGUCAUAUAAUUAUAUCAUUUACUGAUGGUUCUUAUAUGACUAUAAAUGAAAGAGUUUCGGAUAGAAUACUUGAAAUAAAUGGUUCCUAUUCAGAUGAUUAUGAGUUCGAAAAUAAUACAUUUUUUACCGAAACAAUUGUUCAAGCUGGUUUAGCUCUACAACAACUUGUAUAUAAUCCACCAAAUUCAACUCGUCAACCAAACUUUCGUCCACAAAAUCAAUCUCGAUCUAAACAAUUAUCUUAUUUACAAAUAAUUGAAAUAUGUACUCUUUGUUUUAUUCUUGUCGAACAUACGAUUAUACUUAUAUUAUCAUUUCAAAAAAAACCAACAAAAAAUAAUCCAUUUGAUACGAAUAAUCAACAACAACGACAAAAUCAACCACCACGUUCAAUAGUUUUUUCAUCAAAAUCUAUACUCUAUAAUUGUUUACAUCGUAAUUGGGUGCGUGCGUAUUCAUUUUCAAAUAUAUGUCUUUCACUAGUCUAUUUUAUAAUUCUAAUUUUAAAACAUUAUUAUCCAAAUCUUUUACAUUAUUCAUCUGUAACAUUCUAUUCAUUACCAUUGACACUUUUUCAACAAUUAUUAAUUAAUUUCAGUACAUUUCAUUUAUUUAUCAUAUCAAUAAGUGUACUUCAACAUUUUAUUCGCGUUUAUCGUUUAUUAAAAACGAAAUAUUCGAUGAAUAUAUAUAGUGGAAAAAAUCUUCUAAUUACAAAACAUAGAAAUGUUGCAUUGAUUUUAAGUGGAUCAUUAGCACUUAUAUUUAGUUAUAAUUAUAUAUUUUAUACGCCAAGAUAUCCCGUGACAUUAACAUUACUUCCUUUAAUAACACUAAAUAUGGUAUUAUUACCAUUAAUUGAUAUAAUCAUUUUCAUAUUUAUACUUAUCUGUUGUUUUAUAAAUCAACGUAAAUUGAAUAAUUCAAUAAAACAUGAUUUAUCAUUUCCUGAUCAAUUUCAACAAUAUCUAACAAAUAAUUUACGUUUAACUGCUGAAAAAGCGACAUGUAUUAAAUGUUAUUCAAAAUUUUUACAACAUAAUCGAAGCUUACUUAAAGAUACGGAUCCAUAUACCAAACUUCAUUCGAAAUUUUUUAGUCAUAAUAUAAUAACAAGUGCACGUCCAUCAUUAGCAUUACCCGAUGAUAAACGUAAAUAUUCUACAGCAUCAUAUGAAAAUACUGCAAUGAUGAAAGAUGCUCAAUCACAUUUACGUACAUCAUAUUCAGGUCAACCAGGACAAAUUUAUCUUUCAGAUAAAUCGAAUCGUUCACAAGAUUUUAAUAACGAACAACGAACUGAUGAAGAACAACGCCUUUCAACAAAUGAUUUAAUGAUACAAACAACAUUACUUAAAUUAAAACGACAACGUUCGAUAUGUCAUUUAUGUUAUCGUUUAUUAUUAUUAUUUCUUUUCAAAUAUGUUCUAUUAACAUUUCCACAACAUUUUAUACAAAUGAGUUUUCAUUUAAAUCAAUUUUAUGAAUAUAUUCUUAAACAUAAUUCAUAUAAUAAUAAUAAUGCCAAUAAUAACAAUAAUAAUAUUCUAUCCGAAUACAAUGAAUUAACGUUAUUAGUAUGUCGUUUUUUAUUUUUAUUUGCACGAUUUGGUGAUAGUUUAUUAUUGACACGUUUACCAACUAUAAUAAAAAAAUAUUUUCCAUGUUGGUGUCAAUUUAAUUCGAAAUUAUUACGUAAAGAUACAUUAUUUCAACGACCAUCACAUCAAAUAUUAAUGAAAAAUAUGGAUUCACCAAUGAAUGAACCAAUAUCAGGUGAUGAUCUAUUAAAUAUAAAUGAAAUACCACCACCACAACAACAACAAAAACAAUCGACUCGAACAAAUCGUCAUCGUUUUCGUUUACAUUUUCAAUUUGUUCCAUUAUUUUCAAAUAGACAACAAACAUUAUUUAAACGAGAUUAUUAA